GUUGCUGUGGAAACAGGAGAGGAGCAGGGGAGCCUGGGAAGUGGGAAUGACACAGAUAGCAAGUCCUAGGCAGAGCUGCCGCUACAUUUAGGGAAGACAGCAGUGUCUGCGGCUCCUACCCUCCAGAGGGUCUGGGGGGUUGGUGCCAGAAGCAUGGACACUACCCCCCAGGGCUCUCUGCUGUCGGCUACUCUCCUCUCCACACACUGCCCGCCGCCCAGGCGCCCGCGCUGACGCCGCCGCCGCCGCCGCCGCGGCCAUGGCCUUGGCGCAGGAGAACGCCGCCUUCUCACCGGGCCCGGAGGAGCCGCCGCGGCGCCGCGGCCGCCAGCGCUACGUGGAGAAGGACGGCCGGUGCAACGUGCAGCAGGGCAACGUGCGCGAGACGUACCGCUACCUGACCGACCUGUUCACCACGCUGGUGGACCUGCAGUGGCGCCUCAGCCUGCUUUUCUUCGUGCUCGCCUACGCGCUCACCUGGCUCUUCUUCGGCGCCAUCUGGUGGCUGAUCGCCUACGGCCGCGGCGACCUGGAGCACCUGGAGGACACGGCCUGGACGCCGUGCGUCAACAACCUCAACGGCUUCGUGGCCGCCUUCCUCUUCUCCAUCGAGACGGAGACCACCAUCGGCUACGGGCACCGCGUCAUCACCGACCAGUGCCCCGAGGGCAUCGUGCUGCUCCUCCUGCAGGCCAUCCUGGGCUCCAUGGUGAACGCCUUCAUGGUGGGCUGCAUGUUCGUCAAGAUCUCGCAGCCCAACAAGCGCGCCGCCACGCUCGUCUUCUCGUCGCACGCCGUGGUGUCGCUGCGCGACGGGCGCCUCUGCCUCAUGUUCCGCGUGGGCGACCUGCGCUCCUCGCACAUCGUCGAGGCCUCCAUCCGCGCCAAGCUCAUCCGCUCGCGCCAGACGCUGGAGGGCGAGUUCAUCCCGCUGCACCAGACGGACCUCAGCGUGGGCUUCGACACGGGCGACGACCGCCUCUUCCUCGUCUCGCCGCUCGUCAUCAGCCACGAGAUCGACGCCGCCAGCCCCUUCUGGGAGGCGUCGCGCCGCGCCCUCGAGAGGGACGACUUCGAGAUCGUGGUCAUCCUCGAGGGCAUGGUGGAAGCCACGGGAAUGACCUGCCAGGCCCGGAGCUCCUACCUGGUGGAUGAGGUGCUGUGGGGUCACCGCUUCACGUCAGUGCUGACCCUGGAAGAUGGCUUCUACGAGGUGGACUACGCCAGCUUCCACCAGACCUUUGAGGUGCCCACACCCUCAUGCAGCGCCCGGGAGCUGGCUGAGGCUGCUGCCCGACUUGAUGCCCAUCUCUACUGGUCCAUCCCCAGCCGGCUGGAUGAAAAGGUGGAGGAGGAGGGGGCGGGGGAGGGGGCGGGUGGUGGGGCCGGAGCUGACAAGGAGCAGAAUGGCUGCGUGCCACCCUCAGAGAGUGAGUCCAAGGUGUGACCAGUUUCCUCCAGACCCCUGUGGCAGGGCCAGACA